GAAAGACUUGGGAAGCUGAGCUGAGUAGAGGACCAAGUGAUGGCGGUGGGUCGUGUUCUCCAGUCUCAAGUAAUGAGUGAUCUGCUGACGUUCCGUGAGAAAGGUGUCAUCAUCGGUCUGCUGGAACCACACUGUAAGCUGCUCAAAACCACAGUAGCCCAGAUACUCCAGGCCAAAGAUUCUGGAGAUGAAAGCAGAAGUUGGCAUCGUUUGGACUGUGGUGUGGUUUGCCUCGUUGAGGACACGUCUGUGCAGUCCUACUUCCUGCGUCUCUACUGUGUCCAACGUGAAAAGUUAUUGUGGGAGCAGGAACUGUACAUUCCUUUCAAAUACACUGCGAGUCGUGCAUACUUCCACACUUUCCCCGGAGAAGCCCACCAGGUCGGUCUCAACUUUGCAAAUGAAAAUGAGGCAGAGGAGUUUCAGUUUGCUGUGGAGGGGGUUCAAGAACAGCUGGCAGCCAUGAUUAACAUGACAAACACUGGAGAGAAGAGCAUUUCAUCAAGCAAUCUACCUGUUUCAUGGAAAAAAGAUGUUGGGAAAUUGUAUAAGGAGCCAAUUUCUACCCCACGUGUUUCAGCCUCUCAGGGUUUGUUCUCAGAUCUGGAUCAUGGGAUGAGAAGGUUGUUAAUGGAGGCAGGACUCAGUGAGGAAGACCUGAAACACAAAGAUGUUCCUGAGGUGGUUGAUUGCAUCAUCAACCACUUUGGAGGCGUUAAAGCUGUGCAAAGGGAGCUAAGGAAGAGAGGCCCAGUGUGUCAAACUUUGCCGAGAGCUGCAGGGGCGUCCAUCUCCAUGGCUUUGCACAAAGGUCCUUUACCACCGGCUCCUGUAACCCAAAACUAUCAGCAGACACCAGAGAAUAUGACCACGACAGAUGAAGUUCUGGAUACCCCUACUGCUGGUUCAGCACCAGGAAGAAUGAGAAGAAGUGCGAGUUUUAAAGACGUGGGCUUCACACCAGAACCACAAGGAAAUGAUCUCUUCCUGAAUGCAUUGAGAGAAGUAUUCAAACAGAAGCAGAUGUUCCAGCAAACCUCAAGAGAAUUUCCUAAUUAAGACUUAAAAAAGAAAAAUAAUGAUGUAGGAAUUAAAUUAAGAGUAAAAAAAAAGAAGCUUUGCUGCAUUAAGAUAUCCAAGCAAUAUAUGAUGUCAGGAGUCAUCACUGCAUCAAUAAGAAAGACCUGGAUAUAUUGAAAAUCCUGAUGUUUUACAUUUAAGAAAUUACAAAUUGUUAUUCUGUGACCAAUCACAAGCAAUCCCUCAGAGUACACUCAGAAAAGUUUGACCAUUGUCUACUUAAAAAAAUGAAGGCAACAAAGGGACACUUAAUAUAAGUAAAUAAUUUUAAUUAUCUCAACUUUGAUAAAGACCUAUUGAUUUAAUUACGCAAAUUUAAACAAAAUUAUUAAUUACACACAAAAAAAAAACUGGUUGAAAUAUUUUGGAUUUACUAAUAAUAAGGCAAAUGUUUAGUAAAUCCGAAACAAAUAUACAUGGAAAACUGAUUAAUAUUUAUUAGGUAUCUGAAAGGAAGUAAUUUAUAUACACCAAAUAUCUGUGAAAAAUUGAUUUACCUUUACCAAUUAAUUGGGUGAAAGUAAUUUAUAUUUACUACUUAUGUGGAUGAAAUUGAUUUCUAUUUACAAAA